GCCCAACGCGACAAGGCUCGACAUCUCACCAAUUCGAGCAAUCACAGAACCCAUCGCACCAGGAAAGCUUCAAUAUCGACCGAUAACACUGCGUAGUUGUGGAAGCCCAGAAGCAGCAACCUUUGCCUGACCCAAAGCGACUCUCAUCGACGGAAGACAAUUCGGAUCUCGCUCACCUCAGUCGCCGAAAGCACCAACAUCGAGUCUGAGCUCGACAACCAUUGAUCUCCAACGUAGAGAGUGACUGAGAGACAGGAGUAAGACCAUGUCGUCCUUGAACGCCCCGACAACGGCGGCGGCAUACGAGGACUUUCGUCGCCGCAAGUCCAGCGUCGUCGCCUACACCGAUGCCGUCGGUCAACGGCAGACCGUGGCCAUCGACCAGCUCGAGUCGGAGGCGGACCGCGCCCUCGCAGCCGAGUUCGGUUACAAACCCGUGUUCAAGCGCGAAUUCGGUUAUCUGUCGACCUUUUCCUUUGCCGUCAGCAUCAGCGGUCUGUUCAGCACUGUCGCCACGACCUUCUCGUUUCCGCUCGUGGCGGGCGGGAGUGCGUCGGCAGUAUGGUGUUGGCUGAUCUCCGGAUCGGGCUGUAUGUGCAUCGCCCUCUCCGUCGCGGAGCUGGUCUCUGCGUAUCCCACCUGCGGUGGUCUGUAUUAUACCAUUUCCCGCUUGUCACCUCCCAGAUACGUCCCCAGUCUGAGCUGGCUCACAGGAUGGCUGAACGUCCUCGGACAAAUGUGCGGAGUCGCCUCCUCGGAAUGGGGUGCUGCAUCGCUGUUGUUGGCUGCAGUUUCCAUUGGCUCUGAUUUCACGUAUAUCCCGAACAACAACCACGUCGUUGGAGUAAUGGCCGCCUUGACCGUGCUCACGGGUUUAGUCAACUCACUCUCUACUGCCUGGAUGGAGCGUAUGACCAAAACUUAUGUCCUAUUCCACAUUGCCGUGUUGGUCUCCUGCUGUAUUGCACUGCUCGCCAUGGCUACACCCGCGAACGGCACCCCGAAGAACAGCGCCGAAUACGUCUUUACCAGUGUCCAAAAUACCUCAGGAUGGACUCCGGAUGGAUGGUCGUUCCUGUUUGGAUUCUUGUCUGUUAGCUGGACUAUGACCGACUACGACGCUACCGCGCAUAUCACCGAAGAGAUCAAGAAUCCUGAGAAAAAAGCUCCCUGGGCAAUUGCCAUGGCUAUGCUCUUCACUUACCUCGCAGGUUUCCUCUUCAAUAUUGUUCUAUGCUUCGUCAUGGGAGAUGAUAUCCCCACGCUCCUCGCCACGCCGACGUUCCAGCCAGUCGCCCAAAUCUUCUACAAUGUCCUCGGCAAGACCGGCGGCAUCGUCUUCACCGUAUGCGCCUUCCUCAUCAUCAAAUUUGUCUGUUUCACCGCCAUGCAAUCCCUCGCCCGCACAGUCUUCGCCUUCUCCCGCGACCGCCUCCUCCCGCUCCCCAACCUCUGGACCAAAAUCUGGUCGCGCACCGGAACCCCCGUGGCCGCGGUUUGGAUCUCCGUGUUCUGGUGCAUCGCCAUCAACCUUAUCGGCCUGGGUUCCUACAUCGCCAUCAGCGGCGUCUUCAGCACCACCGCCAUCGCACUGGAUUGGUCCUACUGCAUCCCCAUCGCCUGCAAGCUCAUCUGGCCUCAGAACUUCGUCGCCGGCCCCUGGAACCUGGGCAAGUUCAGCGCAGCAAUCAACAUCUGGGCGCUGGUUUGGACCUUGUUUGUUUCGAUCAUCUUCAUCCUGCCGACGAUCAUGCCCGCCACGCCUCAAAAUAUGAACUACGCCAUCGUCUACCUCAUGGGCAUCAUCGCCUUCUCCACCAUCUACUGGUACGCCGGCGGCCGGAAAUUCUACACCGGCCCGGUCAUCGAGGCCGCUGCGGUCGGCAGCUCUGAUGGCCGCAGCAGCGAGGAGGGCGAUGAGAAGCGACAAUUUGGAGCUGUAAAUGACACGCAAAGGAAAGCCGGAGAUACGGCGGUCUGAGUUGGGCAAAUUGAUCGAGAGAAAUACAGGAGGUAACAUGUUUUGGCCCAUGUUGUUCAUGUUGAAUGAAAUGAUCGUUUGUUCGAAUGUCAAUCUUGUUGCAUGUGCAUAUAUGUAUAUAUCCCUGAUGAUCCAACGAGAUGGGAAAAUAACGAGAUUGAAACUCUUCCAUGACGUGGAAAGGGAAUUGGUUCCACAUUUUGUCAAAUUUGCGAUCGCGGUUGAACAGGUGUGAUUGAAAACACCCGC